ACGCUAUUUACACAAUGCAAAAUUAAACAUUUGUAAUAAAACGUGUAAUACUACACUACCCAUAAGCCCCUAGGUUCACUCCGGAAGUCCUUUUCUUCCCUUCCUCCGUCGUUGAGGUCCUUUUUGGAUUUACAUCGGCCGUCACCAUGGCAGCCCUCAGGCCCCUCACCAAACCCAAGAUUGUCAAGAAGAGGACAAAGAAGUUUAUUCGUCACCAGUCUGACCGAUAUGUCAAGAUUGCGAAAAAUUGGCGCAAGCCCAGAGGUAUUGACAACAGGGUGCGCAGGCGGUUCAAGGGGCAGAUGUUGAUGCCUAACAUUGGUUAUGGUAGCAACAAGAAGACAAAGUACAUGCUGCCAACUGGUUUCAAGAAAUUUCUGGUCCACAACAUCAAGGAGCUUGAAGUACUUAUGAUGAGCAACAAGACUCACUGCGCUGAGAUCGCGCACAACGUUUCCUCCAAAAACAGGAAGCUGAUCGUUGAAAGAGCUGCUCAGCUGGCCAUCAAGGUCACCAACCCCAAUGCCAGACUCAGGAGUGAGGAGAACGAAUAAACUGGUUAUUUACAAUAAAUAUAUAAAAAUGGAA